AUGGGUAUCGAAGAAAUAGUGGUUGUGAGGAUACACACCAUCACAGCUGGAGUAAAUAUACCAUGGUCGAUCAAAGAGAGCGAGAAGUCACCACAGAAAAUAUGUUUCACGUGCACAGAACCUGUAUCCAUUGUUACCAUUACUCCGACCUACUGCUCGGCUUGUUUUGAUGCUUGGGAGGACGGGUCCGGCAAUUGCGUAUACUACCUCCCCAGAACUACCAUCUUGAAUUACAUCAGAGCUUCGUCUUAUAAGAUCAACGUUAAAUGCGAGGACAGUGGAUCCCCAGUAACAGCAACAGUCAACCUGAACGUUAUACCCAAUUUCCCGCCAACAUUUGACGAGGAGUCUGGUCAAAUUAUCUCCCUUGAUACGACUUUAAAAGCUGGAAGCCUUGUCAAGACGAUCGCGUUCACUGAUGCAGAUGACACCAUAUAUACCUUUACCUUAUCCGAAUCUCCGAAUAACGGAUUCUUCCGAAUUACAAAUACUGGUGAGAUACGAGCUAUCAAAGACUUGAACACAUUCUGUGAAGAGGAGACAGUGGAGAUAUCACUCUCUGACAAUCACAACGCUCCUGUAUAUUUCUCGAUUAGAUACGACCCAGGCAGCAAUGUGCGACCUGUCCUGAAGGACUGGAACAGGAUCAUCAACUAUCCAGAAAACAAAUUGGUGGUCCUAUACAUCGAUGACAAGCUGGCAGAUGGCAAUGGUUCGUCGUGUAUCGUCCGGUCGAAUCCACCAGGACUCUCGGAUCUUGGUGGUGAUUUGUCCAUGGGGUAUUGUCCGAAUGGCGUAAAUGCAAGAUCAAGAGUAACGAUAACAAAUCCUUCAAAAUACAACUUCGAGACGGACCCUCCUAUUAAUCUGACGCUGCAGUACGCCAACGGCAACUGCCCUUCCAAUACUCGCUGGUUGGCCAUCAACUGGUUGGAUGUACCCGAGAGACCAACCUUAGAGGUCACCAAGCCGGAAUACAACGCCAAUGAAGGAUUUGUAAAAGUGAAACCCAAUUAUGUAAUCACAGACGAAGACCUAAACGAGAAGCACACGUUCCGUUUUACUGGCAGUGUUAACAAUAAUUUUGAUAUCGAUGCGAACACUGGCAAAAUCUUCACAAAAACGUAUCUGGCAGCUACUUCUGAAGUUGACAUCUACACGUUUAAUGUAAAGGUCGCAGAUAAAGACGGAUUGGAAUGUCUAUUUGCUGUUACGAUCACUAUCCGAGUAGCAGAUGUGAAUGAUCAUGCACCGGUGCUAGGCACGGUUCCUGAGAGGUACCAAGCUACAGAAUGUAAUGGUCCACAGAAGUUCCUCACAGUGACUGCCACUGACGAUGACUUUGGUAUUAAUAAGAAGUUCAAGUUUGUAGCCACAACAUCUGGGAGUCUGUUCAUCAACGAAGCUGGUGAACUGUAUUUGAUCAAACCAGUAAUUCCAGGUCAGCAGGAUAUCUUGAAUGUCCAAGCAGUAGAUCGAGGCGAACCAGCCCUCUUCAGUGCUAAAAAGACGGUGACCCUUUACGGUAUAAACUGUCCGACAACACCAACGGUACCACCACCACCUACCACGCCUCUAUACGUACCUCCACCUACUCCUCCGCCUACGACUACACCAACGACGACGACUGAAACGCCACAGUCUGAGGGAGCAAGUACUAUGGUACAUUUUUGGUUACUUAUUGCUGUGUUAUCAUUGAAUCUUUUGGUAUAGUGUAAUCAACGUCGCACAAUACCCCCCCUUACUACUACAUUUCACAUCCACAUUCAAAUGAGGAUUUUUGGUUACAAAAAUUGAUAUACCUUUCGGACAUUAUUGACGGUAAUAUGUAAACAUUCUCUGAUUUCAUUCAAAGGAUUCCAAUAAAAGUCCUAU